UUGUUAUUGUUAUCAUUAUCAAUGAUCAGAAUUUUCCCACCUUUUUGAAAAUUUGAAAGUUAACCAUUGCAAUGUUUUAGAUAUAAUGCAGCAAUUUUAAAUUCCAAUUGUGUUUAGAUAGCCUGUGUUCCGGUGAUCAGCAAAUUCUACCGAAAAAAGAGGCGAUAACGUUUUUUCUUCAUUUUCAAUUUACGUCUUUCAUAUUAUCACAUUCGUACUUGUGGCAAGUACCAAUGGAUGCUCCUGCGAUUGGAAUCGAUUUGGGCACAACGUACUCAUGUGUUGGAGUAUUCCAAUAUGGGAAAGUUGAAAUUAUUGCCAACGAUCAAGGUAACAGAACGACACCUAGUUAUGUGGCCUUCACAGAUAAAGAAAUUCUGGUCGGAGAUGCAGCAAAAAAUCAAUCAGCCAGAAACGUUAAUAACACCGUUUUCGAUGUCAAAAGAUUGAUGGGUCGUGAAUUCGACGAUCCUGCAGUUCAGGCAGAUAUGAAACACUGGCCAUUCAAAGUCAUUAGUAAUAACGAUAAACCCAAAAUAGAAGUCGAAUUUCAAGGAAUUUCUAAAACGUACUGCCCUGAAGAAAUAUCCUCGAUGGUCUUGGGAAAAAUGAAAAAGACUGCAGAAGAUUAUUUAGGCAAAACUGUUACUAAAGCUGUAAUCACGGUGCCAGCUUAUUUUAACGAUUCUCAAAGAGCUGCUACAAUAGAUGCCGCCAGAAUUGCCGGUUUGGACGUAUUACGAAUCAUUAAUGAACCUACCGCCGCAGCUAUUGCAUACGGGUUGGAAAAUAAACGCUCUUACGAACAAAAUGUGUUGAUUUUCGAUCUCGGUGGUGGAACUUUCGAUGUCUCCAUUCUGACUCUUCAAAACAACGUUUUCGAAGUAAUUUCAACUGCCGGCGAUACUCACUUGGGCGGUGAAGAUUUUGACAACCGAAUGGUCAACUAUUUCGCUGAAGAAUUCAAACGUAAACAUGGUAAAGAUCUUACCCGCAGUAAAAAAGCCUUGCGUCGUUUGCGAACCGCUUGUGAACGAACAAAGAGAAUUUUAUCGUCGGCGACUGUGGCUGAAAUCGAAGUCGAAUCACUUCUAGAUGAUAUAGAUUUCUGUAGCUCGAUCUCUCGUGCUCGUUUUGAAGCAUUGAAUGUUGAACUCUUCCAAAGUGCAAUGGCACUGGUUGAAAAAGCAAUUCAAGAUACUGAAAUCAAUCGAAACCAAAUUGAUCACGUCGUUUUGGUAGGCGGAUCAUCUCGAAUUCCAAAAAUACAAAAAAUGUUGCGAGAUUAUUUUGGCGGCAAGGAAUUGAACAAAUGUAUUAAUCCGGAUGAAGCAGUUGCUUACGGUGCUGCCGUUCAAGCUGCGAUUAUUAGCGGUGACAAGUCGGAGAUGGUUCAAGAUGUGGUUUUAUUCGAUGUUACACCGUUAUCGUUGGGUAUCGGUGUUAAAACUAAUGUUAAAGGUGUUUUCGAAACACACGUGAUCAUCAAACGUAACACACAAAUUCCAGUGAAAUGUACCAAAGCAUUUUGGAAUAAUGAUUAUAACCCCGGAAUACUUGUCGAAGUGCUCGAAGGUGAAAAUACAUUAGCGAAGGAUAAUCACUUGCUUGGUAAGUUUAAGCUUAUGGGUAUUCCUCUUGCACCUGUUUGCUCGCAAGAAAUCGAUGUAACGUUCGAAAUCGAUGCUAACGGUAUCCUGAAUGUAACUGCCGUCGUAAGAUCGACCGGUAGCACAAACCAACUGACCAUUUCAUACUUGAAAAGUCGUCUUUGUGAGCGUGAAAUUCGGCGUAUGAUUGGAAAUGCUGAAGAAUUACGAGUCGAAGGGAUCAAACGAAACGCUGUAUUGGAUGCCAAAAACUCUUUAGAAUCAUACUGUAUCAACGUUAAAAGAACGGUAGAAAACGAAAAGUUGAAAGAUGAAAUCGAUGAAUUCGAUAAAGACACGAUUUCGAAAAAGUGCGAAGAAACGCUUAUAUGGUCAAAUUCUAACCAAUCAGCUCAAGCAGAGAUAUUCGAACAAAAGGAAGAUGAAUUGCGAAAAAUAUUCGAUGUCAUCAUUUCCAUCGCUACUAACCCUUCUGCAAAAUAUGACAAAUAUUGUGAAAUGCUGAACGUAACGAAAAAUGCCCCCAAAGAAGAAAUCGAAGCAGCCUACAGGCAAGCUGGUUUUAAAUAUCAUCCUGAUAAGUAUGACGGAGACCAAGAGCUAGCAACUAUGUAUUGGCUGACAAUUGUAAAAGCAAAAAACGCGCUCAUCAAUCCAGCAAAAAGAAGGCGAAUGUAGAUUGUAGCUUCAAUUUCAAAGCUGUGCUUGAAGAUUGAUCCAUCUACGAAACUCAGCAAAACAAAUGCAUGCAAUUUAUUACAAAUUUUGAUUAUCGAAGGUUAGUCCAACGCUCGAACUCCGACUAUGAUGUAGAUCAGUAGGGAUUGAUUCUACAGCAUCUGUUAUAAAGAAGUAUCUAUCUACGUAGUUUUACUUUUUAAUAGGUACCUACAAUGACUACAUAUUGUAUUUUCCGUGUUAUUUUUUUUUUUUCUAUGAGAUUUUGUAUUGAAUGAAACAUUUUGGUGUGAUUU